AUGGCUAAUCAGGGCCCAAUAUUUCCAAUUUUACAGGUGAGACUCAGUCGCCGUUACAGGGCGCAGAUUGGGGCGCCAACUUUAGUGCUCCUGGAGGGCGCCACGGGACGCCUCAUCACGAGUAGCGGCUGUGAGAGACUGGAUGAAGAUCCUGUUGGUGCUAUGUUUCCGUGGACACCACGCGCCAUCAUAGAUGUACUUAGGGAGGCCGGGCCCUAUCUUCCUGGCGGUAAGAGAGCUGCUUCCAAUUUGUCAGCGCCUGACAGCGAAGUUCGAUACUCCGAGCUGGAUGGUCUAGUCAAAGGAAUAUAUUUCUCUGCGCACUGGUGUCCACCCUGCAAAGCUUUCACUCCCCAACUCGUCGAGACGUACAGCAAACUCCGGGCGAGAGGACAUAACUUCGAGGUGAUAUUCGUCAGCUCCGACAGGAGUGAGGACUCGUUUGCACUAUACCUGAGCACAAUGCCGUGGUUAGCGGUGCCCUGGGAACAGGAAGAGAGGCGUCGCGAACUUGCGGCGCUGCUCGGCGUCCAAGGCAUCCCGACGCUAGUUCUACUUGAUGCAGACGGUAGCGUCAUCACGGCGGACGGAAGAGGCGAGGUGAAUGAGGAUCCGCUAGGGGAGAACUUUCCAUGGCGACCAAAGCUCGUUAACAUCCUGACAGAGAGGUACGCUGCAAAACUACACGACUACCCAGCAAUCAUCUUGUUUGUUGAGGGAGAGGAAGGAGAAAUGGAGUUUGCUGAGUCGGUUCUCCUGCCUGCUGCAGAGCAGUUUGCCAUGGUGACGGACAGCAAUCACCGGGAUGAGGACCGAUUGCUGCAUUUCUUUGUGGGCUGUGACUCUGAGACAAGUGACCUGCUACGAGAAUUUGUGGGUCUGGACGAUGCAGUGCCACUGCUGACAGCUAUAGACAUCUCGGGUGGGCAUCUGAGUGUCAUGGAAGAUGGAGCAGAGAUCACAGAACAGAGUGUGAUCAGUUUUGUGACAAGGUUCCUGGAUGGAACACUCCCAACAUCUGACAUAACUGCAAACAACAUUCAGAUGGCAGCAGGAGCCAUGAGUAUGAUCUAAACAAACAGUCAGAAGGGAUGUGAGAACUGAGAGACGUCUGAAACACAUUCCAUGGGUUUGAGAUGUAUGUACACACCAGUACAAGUGCAGAGACAGUGGUUAUAAAUAAAGAUGAGGUUCUCAGCAACCACUACAUCACAAAAACAAAAGCUUAGCAUUCAAUUUGUAAUUUUUCCCACAAAACAAAUUUAAAGAAUCCUAAUCAUUGUAGGAAACUGUUAAUUGCUUCUGUUUUUAACUUAUUGUAUAGAUCAAUUAAACAAUUUGCUUUAAAUAAAAACAAUUUUCAUUUCAUAGGAAGCAUAAAGCCCAGAUGUUCAGCUUUGGCAUACAUGUGGGAACGUUCUCAAAUUCAUGUGAUCCAAGUAGUGAACUCAUCCUUCUCCAAGACCAGGUAUAUUUUAACCUUUUUCAUGACUGACCUUUUUUUUUUUAAAUAAACCAACUUCUUUUGACCAGGUGAUUCAGUGAUAAUUUACGUUAUUCAAAGUCAUAAAUAUUUGAUUUGUAAUUCAUGCAAGUGACAAGGGUGGUCUUCCUCUGCUGAAUGUUAUAUAAUAAAUACACAGAGCAUACACAUAUCUAAUUCUUCUAAAUGAGAUACCUUGUUUUUAGUGCUUAAGAAUUUAACAAGUCACCAAUGACAGGCCAGAUUUUGCAGGACUUUAAAAUACAAAAUUUAUCAUCUUCAUGUCAUAAGAGCUACACUGAGCAGCGUGCAGUGUACCACUUCAACCUGCAGCAAACGCACCAAGCACCAUGCUGCAUCAUACUUUCAUGGAAUGAUACACAUCAUUGAAAACAAUUUAAAACUGUACACACAUGAACCCCAAUCUAAAGUUCCUCAAUGUAAGGUUUUACCUCAUUUAACAUUUACAUUAAGAGAUUAAUCUCAGCGUUAACUUUCUUCUGUUUAUUAUUUCCUCAGUUUAAUGUUGAAAUCCACUGCUCUCAAAAGAACCUCAAAUGACAGUUUCACUGUAGUAGCCAAUAAAUGGCAGAUGAUGCACUGAAUUUGCUCUGUAUUACAUAAAGAAAUGGGAAUAUUUUUAAUGCUGAUUGGAAGAGAGCUCAGACAGGGCUGUAAAAGGAAUUAACACAAUUUAUAAUCUGGCAGAUAUUUUGGACAUUUUUCAUCUUCCAUCAUUGGACAAAAAUAUGAAACCUACUUGAUGGGUCUGUCCCAAGUCAGUAGUUAUCUCCUUUUGGUUAAAGGAACAUGCUUCGGCCAUCAAUUUAUGACGGUAUGAAAACAAAACUCUGUAUCAUUUACUUACCGGAUCAAAAACAUUUUCCUUCAUCACACGUAAGUUUAUUUCAAGACUGUGGGUGGGAAGACAAUCAAUUAAAUUGAAGUAGUUGGAAGUCCAUUUUAGAGAUCCAUCACAUGCUAAGUAAAAAAUUAAUGUUACACUCUGUGGGAAAGCAUGCCUUUGUCUUAUGUAUUGAGGGGAAACUUCAGCUAAACUGGAAAGGUGUACUGCACGUACAAACAUGUUCUCUGAAAGAUUAUUGAUAAUGAACAAUAUGUAUCUUACAUAUGGAAUUUCUACUCUUCCAUAAAUAACACUGAAACAAUGAAUGAUGUUAAAAUAUUUUACAUACUGGUCUAGCUUUUCUCAACUUUGUAGGAUAAUUAGUACAGUUUCCAUGAACCAGAGAAAUGUCUAGAAUGAAAACAUGAACUGACAUUGAUGAUCUGUUUCAUAUGUGAGGACAGUAACUGACAUGCACGUGAUUGUGUAUGAGGAGUUAAGUUUUGAUUCUGAGAACAUAUUAUUAUUACAAAUACAUUUAGCAAUAAAAAUACAGAUGUAUUUCAUUUUGUGUCUGGCAUUUCUGUCCCUUUAUUACACAGAUUUAUGCAGGAAGGAUCUUGGAAGAGAAAACCUUACACUUUGCCAUAAAAGGAAGCGUAGUUUGGGAAAACAUACAAGGGGUGAACAAAAUAAUGGCAACAUUAAGAAAUUGAAAACAGAAUUUGUGUUGGCUACAUUGAAUGUUCUUCCAUUUGUUUACACUGUGUAGUGCUUAAUGCAUUAGUGACUGUGCUGAGUGACAGUCUGCGUGAAAGAUUCAGAAAAUGGGAGACCUGCCUCAUUUUGAAAGAGGAAAGAGUACAGAUGAUUGGUGCAUGUUUAGCUGAUGCAUCUUCGGGGGGGGGGGACUGCCACAUUAUGAGGUGUAUCAAGAGUGACAGUUUCUAAGGGUAGGUUGACAUACACGAAUGAUGGGAAGACAACAUCAGCGAUGAGGAACAGUGGGCAAAAAUCAGUGCUGACAAAAAGAGAUCAUUGUACAUUGAGAAGAAAUGUUUCGAUUCACAGAACUACUGCAGCAUGGGUGACAUCCGAACUGAACAUUCAUCUUAAAGGCACAGUUUCCACAAAGAAUUGUCCGUGAGCUUCACAGAUCCAGCAUCCACGAUAGGGCUGCAACUGCUAAACCUCUGAUUACUGAAAGUAAUGUUCAGAUUGAAUUCGAAGAAUUCUCACCCACAAACGAUUGAGGAC